AUGGAGGACGAUCAUAACCUUGAUUUUGUCGAGGACAUUGAGGAUGAUGACUAUGAUGACGAGUAUGAGGGUGAGGAUGAACCUUAUGAUGUGAAUAAGGAGGUUGACUUGGCAUGUGAGAUUGUUGGUGAGAACCCGACUCCUGAAACUCAUGGCCAAGGACAGGAUCAAAACAACAAUGGUGGUGGAGAGGGGGUAAAGGCACCGGCUCAGAGAAAGGGUAGAGGUCCGACGAGAAGUUUUAAGAAACCUAACGGUCGUGAUAAGAGUGUUAAGCUUCAGAAGAAAUUUGGGUCUGCUUGGUCUUGGUUUUGUAACUACUCAUCUUCACAUAGGGGUAGACUGUGGGUGGCUGGUUACAUGACAAGGUUACCUCUUUGGGAUGGUAUUUCUAGUCUUGGAGUUGUUUCUGGGCCUUGGCUUGUUAUUGGUGACUUUAAUUCUGUUCCCAAUUCUUAUGAUAGAAUUAAUGGUAAUGUUGUCACUAAUUAUGAGGUUAACCAUUUUAGAAGUUUUGUUGACAAUCUUGAUCUUUGUGAGCUCAUAAGUAAAGGUUCUUUUUACUCUUGGUCUAAUAAGGGUCAUGGUGAUACUAGAAUUGCUACAAGGAUUGACAGGGGGCUUGUGAAUCAAGCUUGGUUGAAUUCUCAUGUUGAAUCUAUCUAUCUUCCCCCUCUCCUCUCUAAUCACAACCCUCUUUUAGUUGAAAAUUUGAAAUCUGACAAAAAGAACCUGAAAGAUCUGAACACUAAGUAUUUUGCUAAUGUUGACGAGAAAGUUGAUGUGGCUCUUGCCUCUUUGAAAGCCAUUCAAGACCAGCUUGCUGUGGAUUAUUCUAAUUCUGACCUUCAUGUUAAAGAGGCUGAAGCUGUAAAUAUGGUGAAGCAUUGGAUGUAUAUCCAGGAGUCCAUUUAUAAGCAGAAAUCUAGGGUUGAUUGGAUUAAGCUGGCGGACUGCAGUUCUCACUACUUCUUUUCUGUUAUGAAGCACAAGCAAGGUAGAAAUAGAAUUGAUUCUUUCUUCACUGAAGAUGAUGUCCUUUUGAAAGAUCAUGUGCUUAUUGAAAAUGAGAUUGUGGGGUUUAAUAAAGGGCUCCUUGGUUCUAGUGCUAGUUCUCUCCCUGCUGUUGACUUGGCCACUAUUAGGAGAGGUUCUCAACUCAGCUCUAGCUCCAUUGAUAUUUUGACUGCUGUGGUUACUACUUCUGAGAUUGAUAAUGCUCUAACUCAGAUUGGAGAUGAUAAGGCGCCUGGGAUUGAUGGUUUCAAUGUUGUUUUCUUCAAAAAGGCUUGGCCUACGAUCAAAACUGAUAUCUAUGCUGCUAUCUUCUGUUUCUUUGAGACUGGUGUCAUUGAUAAGAAUUGUAGGAUAUGGGCUAAAUAG